AUGUCGUUGGCAGUGCCGGUGUGUGAUGAUGUCGUCUGGCGCGUAGGACUUGAUAUUGGAUAUGUGAGCUACACGUCUCGUUGGCAGUGCCGGCGUGCGAGGUAUGGAGUUCCGUCCCUCGGUUGGACUACUCAUCCCUGGACGCGGGUUAGCACCUGGAAAUCCUAUGUACUAGCCAAACAAUCCCCCGAUUGGAUUGUUUUCCCCGAUGCUCUAUUAUCGCCCAUGUUAGGUUGUUACUUGAGGCCAGAGGCCACUUUAGAAAGUGGCCGGACGUGGCGGCGGGGUGGCGAUUUCCAUCUCGGUGAACAGUGA